AUGUCACAUAAUCUAUCUUCAAUAUUCAGAACUGCAGACCCUAAUAUUCAGCCUGUUGCUAUCCAUGUACCUGGUCACUAUCCUGGAAACCUACUCGUCAUCCUGGCUGUCAGCUCUGACUCUCACCUCCACACCCCCAUGUACUUCUUCCUCUACAGUCUGUCCCUUAAUAACAUCUGUUUAAGCACUAGAACAGUUCCAAAGAUGCUGGUGAGCAUCCAAACACAGGAUCACAGCAUCAACCAAAGAGGCUACCUUGCUCAGAUCUGUUUAGUCUUGGUUUUUAGUGGUUUGGAGACUUGUCUCCUUCCAGCAAUGGCCUAUGACCGCUAUGUGGCCAUCUGCCAUCCCCUUAGAUAUGCAGUCAUCCUGAACAUCUGCAUGUGUGUUUCACUGACUCUCUUCUUGUUCAUUAGCAUCACGGAUGGACUGCCAUACAUUCUGAUGAUGUUGAGGCUGUCCAUCUGCAUAGAGCUGAGAAUCCCCCACUUUUCUGUGAAUUUGCCCAAGUUAUCAGGCUCCCUUGUUCUGACACUUUUAGUAGAUAACAAUGUCAUAUAUAUUGCGGUUUGUAUAUUGGGUGAUGUUCCUGCAUUUGGAAUCAUUUUGUCUUAUAUUCACAUUGUGUCAUCUAUAUUGAGAAUGCCCUCACCAUAA